AUGGGCCUGCGCAAACAGCCCCCACCACGUCUGGAGAACAUUAACAAGUCAAAUACUCGAUUGGACGGACGCUUGCCCAAAUCACCCAACUCUGCGUCCUCCCACCGCCCGACUCAUUUGAACCGACUUCCUUCUGAGGACUCUAUCUACUCUCCCGACCUCAACACUUCACCUGCGUUUGACCUGAUGCCACUUGAAGAGGCACAGCGGUCGCCGGUGGGGUCUCCCACCAGCCAACCACCGAACUCAUGGCCAGGAAAUAACCGAAUGCCAGAUGAUGGCCGCUCCGACCAGUAUAAUCAGUAUGAGGGAGCAUACAAGGAACAUGCAAAUACCAAUGGGCACUCGGUUCCACCAACCUUGAUGGUAUAUCAACAAUUAGAAGCGGCCGAGAAUGUGUGGCGGCCAAAUUCCGACGCCGCUCAGGCUUUGACUGGAGAGCUGCCGGUACAACUACAGUCGAAUAACCCAUUCUUGAAGCCCCGGCCCACCGAGCAUACUCAAGAUCUCUUGGAUCGGAAUGAGCGGGGCCGUGAUUCGCGUGCAACUUCAAAUAGUGACGCAUUGAGCCAAUCCGAAGGGUAUAUUCCGAUGACUGCACGUCUCUCUCUUCUAGAUGAGCCUGAGCAUGAGUCGCCAUGGGCCCAGGCUCCUCACUCUUAUUCUCAUUCUGAGCAACGCCCCGUGUUAAGCGGUCACCACCUCGAUGAUAACUCACCUUGGGGGUCUCAACAGUCCAUCAAGGUCUCGGCCCCCCAAGAGAUCUACCUACAAGGAGUGCAGUCAAAUCCAUAUAUCCCGGCUGUUGCUGUGCAGCCGUCUGACUCAUCUGCUGGGGAAACCCAUGCCCGCGCACAAUAUAAAACCCCAUCCAAUGCCGGGAGGUUCGGCUCAGAUGCUGGUAUCAACAUUCCAUCUGUUGCUCUCUCUAGUCGAACCUCCAUCACAUCUCACGAACUAAUUGAUUUGGGUGAGUUGAGCGCCACUGGCAAUUUAGGGGUUGAGAUCGGGUCUCAUGCUGCGUCGUCAGUAUACUCAGAACCAGUGGCGAACGGAGCUAGAUCAUUGUCAGAAAAACAAGACCUCGCAUCUUCCGUGGCACAACAGUCACAACAACCCCGAGCAAGCCCCGUACUAUCUGUACCAGAAGCUGCACGACAAAAGGAGCAAAGAUCAGAAACCUAUACCAUUCGACACAUCCGAUGGACCGAUCGAAGUGGUCAACUGCUGGAAUCCCCGAUUUUGGUCCAAAAUCAAAACGGACCCUGUCCACUGCUGGCCCUUAUAAAUUCACUGGUGCUGCGAGCGAACCCCAACGCUCACCCGCCAAUCGUUAGAGCUCUGUCAACCCGCGAGCAAAUUUCUCUGGGCCUGCUAAUCGAGGCAAUGUUUGAAGAGCUGACAACAUGCCUGGGCCCUGACGACGAGUUCCCAGACAUCGAGGCCCUCACUCAAUUCCUGACAAUGCUGCAUACGGGCAUGAACGUCAACCCACGUUUGACAAUGGAGUCUACUGAAGGAUUUGGCACUUUCUUCGAAACCAGUGAUCUUCGGCUGUAUAGCACGUUUGGUAUACGAUUGAUCCAUGGCUGGCUUGCCUCUUGGUCUAGUCCUACCCAUGCUGCAAUGUCACGGACUGGUCAGUAUUACGAGGAUAUUCAAAUGUUGCCUUUUCGCAGACAAGAGUUUGAGGAACGGGUGGCGCGAGGCGAGGCACUUGAACCCGAGGAAGAGAAUAUCAUGGCGGAUAUCCAAACCAUUCAACAAUUUGUGGAAAUUGAGAAUGCGACACAAUUAAGCCCAUUUGGCUUGACACAGCUCUCGACUAAACUUAUGCCCGGAUCUGUCUCGAUUCUUUUCCGCAACGACCAUUUCUCGACUCUAUAUAAACACCCUCAAUCUCACCAACUUUACACUUUGGUUACCGACGCUGGCUAUGCGGGCCAUGCCGAGGUAGUUUGGGAAUCUCUAGUCGAUGUGACGGGGUUUAACACGGAAUAUUACUCUGGCGACUUCCGCCCCGUGGGCGCUGGCCCCUCGGCCCCAUCGGGUUCCGCCCCUGCCAGUCCCCGAGCAUCGAAUGAGCCAGCCACUUACUCGGAAAAUGCAAACGAAGCAUCGAAAUCCCCCGAGCCGACUCAAGAACAGAGUGAUGCAGACUAUGCAUAUGCGCUCUCACUUCAGUUCCAAGAAGAAGAGCGACGUGAAAAUGCUGGGAACGAACAGGCUCGCGAUCGUCGCACGUCUGCCCCGAGUAAUUCUUCCAGUCGACCAUCGCCUUCACCCCGUUUGAGCAAUGUACCUAAUCGAACUUCGAGCGUUGCCAAUGCAGUUGGUUCUCAGCCUAGACCUCAGCCACAACAUGGGCCCGGCAUUGAGGACCCAAACGCACCCCCUCCUCCAUAUGAACAAGCUGCUAGCGGGCCACGCUAUUCGCCCCCUGACCGAAGGCCAUACGGUGGUGCUUCAGGAAAUCAGUACCCCGGUAACCGGAACUCUCGGAAUCGAACCUCGCAGUAUUCUCACCGAUCACGCCCGUCUAUGCGUGCAGGGGAUCACAACGUAAUGGAGCCCGAACGGAACAAAGACUGCAUAGUGAUGUGA